UUUUAUUUUGGCAUUUACCUGAAUAUAAACUGUUUACAUCAUUGGUUUUAGCUCUUCAUUUAAUUGUUGAAACAAAUGUUUGGUCUUUGCAAAGUGCAAAUUAACAGUGGUCAAUUUCACACUUCGCUAGCCUAGACAUAUACUUCAAAAGUAUGCAAAAUUGAGUGGCGGGACGAGUUUUGUUGUUUUUUGAAUCCCAGAAUGUAGCUUUUCAAUAACAUGGACUACUUUUUCACGCGGAGGAUUAGUCGGGCCGUGUCAUUAUCAUAGUUUAUAAAUAGGUCAUUGAAGAAUAUUCAUGGUCGCGGAGUGAAAAGGCAGGUGUUUCACGGCAAUUAUCAAAUUAAAACAAACAUUUUACUAAGUUUUAGGCCAGAACUUUUUAAAUUAAAGAAUUUGAGUUUCCACCUUGGCCAAUUCAAUAAGGAUGAACAGCAGUGGUCAGUCAUACCCAUUGGCCUCCCUCUACGUAGGGGAUCUGCAUCCUGACGUCACAGAGGCCAUGCUCUACCAGAAGUUCUCUCCUGCUGGGCCCAUCACAUCCAUCCGUGUCUGCCGUGAUGUCAUCACUCGCAGGUCCCUAGGAUACGCAUACAUCAACUUCCAGCAACCCGCUGAUGCGGAAUGUGCUCUGGAUACAAUGAACUAUGAGGUCCUCAAGGGUAGGCCUAUCAGAAUAAUGUGGUCUCAGCGUGACCCAGGGCUACGGAAGUCAGGAGUUGGAAACAUUUUUAUCAAGAACAUGGACGAGUCCAUUGACAACAAGGCCCUGUAUGACACAUUCUCAGCCUUUGGGAAUAUUCUGUCUUGCAAGGUAGUGUGUGAUGAGAAUGGCUCCAAAGGCUACGGCUUUGUUCACUUUGAAACCCAAGAGGCAGCCAAUCGUGCCAUUGAUACCAUGAAUGGAAUGCUAUUGAAUGACCGGAAAGUGCUAGAGACAGGUAGUGACUCUGGCAUUGCAGACCCAAAGGCCCAUUUCCUGGGGGGGAAAUGUCAGUUGUCCACGAUUAGUUUUGUUGGCCACUUUAAGUCCCAUAAGGAGCGACAGGCUGAGUUUGGGGCCAAAGCCAUGAAGUUCACCAAUGUGUACAUCAAGAACUUUGGCGACGACUAUAGUGAUGAGAAACUCCAGGAGGUCUUCUCAGCAUUUGGCAGGACCCUCAGUGUGCGGGUGAUGAUGGACGAAAGGGGCCGGUCUCGUGGAUUUGGCUUUGUAAACUAUGAAAACCAUGAGGAUGCACAAAGGGCAGUUGAGGAGAUGAAUGGGAAAGAACUCGUUCCUGGCCGAGUUCUGUAUGUGGGCCGUGCUCAGAAGAGGAUGGAGCGACAGGGGGAGCUGAAACGCAAGUUUGAGCUGAUCAAACAGGAACGUAUCCACCGCUAUCAGGGGGUCAAUUUGUACGUCAAGAACUUGGAUGAUGGGUUGGAUGACGAGAAACUCAGGAAGGAGUUUGCCCCUUAUGGCACCAUCACCAGUGCCAAGGUGAUGACGGACGGGGGCCACAGCAAGGGCUUUGGCUUCGUCUGUUUCUCGUCUCCCGAGGAGGCCACCAAAGCGGUAACUGAGAUGAACGGCCGCAUUGUGGCCACAAAGCCGCUGUACGUGGCUCUGGCCCAGCGCAAGGAGGAGCGGAAAGCCAUCCUCACCAACAAAUACAUGCAGAGGACCAUGCCUGGCCCAGUCAUCGACUCCUACCAGCAGGCAGGCUACUACAUGUCUGCUGUGCCUCAGCCCCCAAGUCGCACUUUCUACAACCCGAACCCUGCGAGCACCAUGAGGACAUCUCCUCGCUGGGCUGCACAGCCACCCAGACCACAGGCACCCUACUCGGGCCAGUUUGUCAGGUCUGCUGUUCCCCGACGCGCCUCCACCCCAAUCAGCACCGUCAGACAGGCCUCCACCCAGGCUCCACGCAUCAUAAACUACACACAGAGGAUGGCUAACAUUGGCACACAGACAGCAGGAGGUCGGGCAGGCAUGUCUGGUGGUAUGGUUCGAGGCACCCAGUAUAAAUACUCAUCAGGGGUGAGGAACUUACAGCAGGUCAUCACUAUGCCCGCACCAAUGGCAGUGCAGCAGGUUGUUACCCAGCAGAUUAUGGAGCCAGCGGUGCAUGUCAGAGGCCAGGAACCCCUCACUGCCUCCAUGCUGGCUGCAGCCCCUCUCAUGGAGCAGAAACAGCUGCUUGGUGAGCGAUUGUACCCUCUGAUCCAUGACUUUCACUCCAACCUGGCUGGUAAAAUCACUGGGAUGCUGCUGGAGAUUGACAAUUCUGAGCUGCUGCACAUGCUGGAGUCACCAGAGUCCCUGCAUUCUAAGGUGGAUGAGGCGGUAGCUGUUCUGCAAGCCCACCAGGCCAAGGAAAACUCUCCUAAGAAGUAGAGAACCCUUUCAGGACUCUGCGAAGAAAUCGCUGAAGGAGGAAAAAGUUAAAACGAACAAAAAAAUAGUAAAAUUUUGUAAAGGGGGGGAGUUUUGUAAAUGGCACUUUUGAUUCAAAUCUGAGAAUUUAAUUAAUGUAUAUCUAUGGGGAAGGAAAGCUGUUUGCAAUGGGUUAUGUUUAUUCUACUUUUUGUUUAAAAAAAAGAAAUGUAAAAUAAGAAAAUAAAGUCUUGGUGUUUUGUGCAUUGAA